AUGGGCGUGACAGAGAACAAAACCGUCCUCUUGCCAUCUGGCGUCAAGAUCUUCUAUCGAGAGCAAAGCCAAGUGCCGGAUGCUCCGAUCAUUUUACUACUCCAUGGGUUCCCAUCCUCCUCUCACCAAUAUCGCAAUCUGAUUCCUCUUCUCGGAGUCAAAUAUCGCGUGAUAGCUCCAGAUCUGCCAGGAUUUGGAUUCACCGAAGCCCCAUCAACCUUCAAAUACACGUUCGAUAACUUGGCGACUACCGUGGCUGAGUUUCUCGACGAACUUUCCGUCACCAAAUUCUCCAUGUACAUUUUCGAUUAUGGCGCGCCCACCGGCUUGAGACUCGCCCUCCAGCGGCCGGAUUCAAUCCAAGCAAUCAUCUCACAAAACGGAAACGCCUAUAUCGAGGGCUUCGGUGAUGUCUGGGGUCCUAUCCAAGACCUCUGGGCUAGCAACAACGCACCCGAAAAUCGUGCGAGGGUUGCGCAGGCCAUGCUUACUCUGGAGAUGACCAAGUUCCAGUACGAGAACGGCUCUCCGGAUAUCAGUCGCAUUGCACCAGAGUCGUAUUAUCUCGACUACGCUUUGAUGGAGCGUCCGGGAAAUAAGGAAAUUCAGUUGGAUUUGUUCAUGGAUUACCAGAACAAUGUGUCUAUUUAUGAAGAUUUCCAUGACUACUUCCGGAAAUCGAGCGUCCCUCUUCUUGCUAUUUGGGGCAAAAGUGAUGUGUUCUUCAUUCCGCCGGGGGCUGAGGCGUACAAAAGGGAUUUGCCAAACGCUGACGUCAAGUUGAUUGACGCAGGUCACUUUGCUGUGGAGACAGACUUUGAGUAUAUUGCGAAGGAGAUCUUGAUAUUCUUGACCAAGAAUUCUCUGUGA